AUGAACCACCGAGUCCCUGCCCACAAGAGGUACCAGCCCACGGAGUAUGAACAUGCGGCCAACUGUGCCACCCAUGCUUUCUGGAUCAUUCCCAGCAUCCUCGGCAGCUCCAACCUCUACUUCCUGUCGGACGAUGACUGGGAAACCAUUUCUGCCUGGAUCUACGGCCUUGGCCUCUGUGGGCUCUUUGUGGUGUCCACCAUGUUCCACACCGUCUCCUGGAAGAAGAGCCACCUCAGGAUGGUGGAGCAUUGUCUGCACAUGUUCGACCGGAUGGUCAUCUACUUCUUCAUAGCAGCCUCCUACGCGCCCUGGCUGAACCUUCGGGAGCUGGGCCCCUGGGCCUCCCACAUGCGCUGGCUGGUCUGGAUCAUGGCCUCUGUUGGCACCAUCUAUGUCUUCUUCUUCCAUGAGCGGUACAAACUUGUGGAGCUGCUGUGCUACGUCGUGAUGGGCUUUUUCCCCGCUCUGGUCAUCCUUUCGAUGCCCAACACCGAGGGCAUCUGGGAGCUGAUGACCGGAGGGGUCUUCUACUGCUUGGGCAUGGUGUUCUUCAAGAGUGAUGGGAGGAUCCCCUUUGCUCAUGCCAUCUGGCAUCUCUUUGUGGCAUUUGGUGCUGGUACCCACUACUAUGCCAUCUGGAGGUACCUCUACCUACCCAGCACCCUGCAGACCAAGGUGUCCAAGUGA